GCGUUGAGAGGCUGUGCUUACAGGGGCAAGUGCAGCGCCUAAGUCGACCUGUGGAGUCGACCUGCGCCAACAAACAGCGCAUGGUAGUCCAUGACUACCUAAAAGACAUAGAGUGUCUUUUCCCGUACACGGGAGGGGAAUUGAGGCAUCAUGUCUCAUUCCUGGUUAGCGACGAACUCCCCAUGGACAUGCUAUUGGGUAUGUACUACCUCUCCGUGGCACAGCCCCAGUUUGACUGGGACCGAAAGGUGGUCAAACACACUUUGCCAAACGGGGGAACCACCAGAUUACACAAGUUUAAGGCUAGUAGUCUGAUCGAUUCCCACGGAUGCUUGUGUGCGGCCAUGUUCUACAAUUAUUAUAAGCAAAAUCCGGAGGAGGGUAUGUAUCUAAUUUACGUCUCUGCUGCAGGCGAGCCGGUAAAAAUGCCGCCAGAGAUAGAGGGAGUAGUGGCCAAGUACCCUGAUCUAUUUGAGGCUACAGGGGUUGUUGAAAGGGAGGUCGUCCAUGCGAUAGAGAUUAUCCCAGGAUCUAGUAUUCCGAAGGGUAGGAUCUAUCGGAUGUCUCCAGGCGAGCUUGAUGAGCUUCGCCGCCAACUCAAGGAACUCGUAGAGAAGGGUUGGAUCCGGCCGAGUGUCUCUCCUUACGGAUCUCCAGUACUAGUCGUACCUAAGAAGAAGGAGGGCACUCUCAGGAUGUGCAUUGACUAUAGGGGCCUCAAUGCCAUCAAUGUGAAGAACAGAGAGCCCCUACCGCGCAUCGACGAUCUGCUAGAUAGAGUGCAAGGGUGUCAGUACUUCAGCAAGAUAGACUUGAAGUUCGGAUACCAUCAGAUUGUCAUCUGGCCCGAGGAUCAACACAAAACCGCUUUUCAGACCAGGUACGGUCUGUACGAGUUUGUGGUGAUGCCUUUCGGCCUUUGCAAUGCUCCUGGCACCUUUCAGCACGCUAUGAAUCGGAUAUUCCAUGACUACUUGGAUAAGUUUGUCAUCGUGUACCUCGAUGACAUACUUCUUUUUAGUAAGACUGUCGAGGAACAUGUUGCACACUUAGUCAAAGUCCUCGGUUUCCUGCGACAGCACAAGUUCAAGAUCAACGGUGAGAAAUGCGAGUUUGGCCGCCCCCGUGUCUUGUACUUGGGUCAUGAGAUCCCCGCGGAAGGGUUGAACCCCGAUGACGCGAAGGUGGCCAGCAUUCGUGAUUGGCCACGUCCUCAGUCUGUGACUGAGAUCAGAUCUUUCUUAGGAAUGACAGGCUACUAUAGGACUUUCGUUAAGAACUACAGCAUAGUGCCCGCUCCUUUGACUGAUCUGACCCGCCUUGACACCCCUUGGGAGUGGACAGAUAAGUCCGAGGCUGCUUUCGGACAUCUGAAGCAUGCAUUGACGCACUAUGAAGUCUUGAAACUUCCUGAUCCUGACAAGCCGUUUAUAGUCACAACGGAUGCCAGCCAAUAUGGCAUUGGCGUCGUGCUUGCGCAGCAGGAUGGGCCAAAGUUGAGGCCAGUAGAGUACAUGUCCAAGAAAAUGCCGUCUUAGAAGUUGGCUAAGUCCACUUAUGAGAAGGAAGUCUAUGCGGUGUACAAGGGUCUCACCCAUUGGAGAC